GCUUUUUUCUAACAGAUGGAGAUGAAGCCAGAACGCACGUGGCCAAGGGUCUUAUGCUUCUUCCGCCGAAAAGCAGGGCGAAUCUCAACAGCUGGCAGCUCAGCGGCCGCGCAGGUACAGAGCCUGGGAACUGGGCGAGCGCCUUCGGUCUGCCCGACCGCACACCCCGCUGUGCUGCUCCCGCCCCCCAAGCCCUGGGGGGAGGAGCCGAGGAACCGAAAGGAAACCCUCGGGGCGGGUGGCGCCCGGGGCCUGGGCUCGGGCAUGGAGCUGCGGGCGCUCUGGCUGCUCUGCUGGUGCGGGUGCUGGUGCUUCGGCGGAGGCCACGGAGCCGGUCCCGGUGCCACCUUCACCCGGACGGGACCGCGGAGCCAAGAGCAACAGGCAGCCGCCUUCCGGGAAAGUCUUAAUAGACAUCGAUACUUGAAUUCCUUAUUUCCUAGUGAAAAUUCCACUGCCAUCUAUGGAAUAAAUCAGUUUUCAUAUUUGUUUCCUGAAGAAUUUAAAGCUAUUUAUUUAAGAAGCAAAACUUCUAGAUUCCCCCGCUACUCCCCGAAAGGGCCAAUGCUCAUCUCCAACAUCUCUUUGCCAUUAAGAUUUGACUGGAGAGAUAAGCAUGUUGUAACACAAGUGAGAAACCAGCAGGCGUGUGGAGGAUGCUGGGCCUUCAGUGUGGUAGGUGCAGUGGAAUCAGCAUAUGCAAUGAAAGGGAAGCCUUUGGAAGACCUAAGUGUGCAGCAGGUCAUUGAUUGCUCAUAUAAUAAUUACGGCUGCAAUGGAGGGUCUACUUUUAAUGCUUUGAACUGGCUAAAUAAGACGCAAGUAAAACUGGUGAGAGAUUCAGAAUACCCAUUUAAAGAACAGAACGGCCUGUGCCAUUACUUUUCUGAUUCACAUUCUGGAUUUUCAAUCAAAGGUUAUUCUGCACAUGAUUUCAGUGACCAAGAAGAUGAAAUGGCAAAAGCACUCCUUACCUUUGGUCCUUUGGUAGGGAUAGUAGAUGCAGUGAGCUGGCAAGAUUAUCUCGGAGGGAUAAUACAGCAUCACUGCUCUAGUGGAGAAGCAAAUCAUGCUAUUAUCAUAACUGGAUUUGAUAAAACAGGAACUACUCCAUAUUGGAUUGUACGGAACUCAUGGGGAAGUUCGUGGGGAGUGGAUGGCUAUGCCCAUGUAAAAAUGGGAAGUAAUAUUUGUGGUAUUGCAGAUUUUGUUUCUGCCGUAUUUGUAUGAUUAAUUGAUGGAAUCAAGAGACAACUACCAAAAUGAAGGUUCCUAAUGAAAUACAGCACGGUACUUUCUUCUCAGCAUUAUUCACCUUUAGGUUUUAGCAACUAACCACAACAGGCUCUAGGGCCUGGUAGUAUGUAAGCCAAGUUAUGGCAUGUCUCCGUCUUAUGAAGAGAUGGGCAACACAGUCAGGAGGAAGAACACCAGCUCCAUGGCCUGGGAAACAGUUUCCCACCCCGGAGUGAAUGUCAGUUUAAGAUACUUUAGGUCUCUUUACUUUGAAGAGGCUAUUAUCCGGUUUUGUUUAAUUGCUGUUUUUGUUUGUUUGCUAUUUGUUUAUUUUCAAUGUCAUUAAAGAGCUGAUAAGAAUUUAUUUUCCUUGUGGGAUAUAAUUACUGCCUUAGCUUACCCCUACCUACAAGAAUAGCCAACCUAAAGUUAUGUGUGCCUCUCACAAUUAUACUCUUGGCCCUCUGAGUUGAAAUGUCAUAAGGAUUUUGAAAUGCCAAUAGCUUUACCUCAAAUAGUAUUUACUCCUUGAUUUGUAGAAAGAUAAUGAAGUGAAAAAACAAAAGGACAAGAUCACUUUUCAAGAGAUGGAAAUUAAAUGAUAAUAAAUUAUAUGGCAAUUAUGUGAUAAGAAGAACUCAACUAGCAUCGCCUGAGAAAAGAUUAUUAUUUCGCAAUUUUCAUUGUCAAUAGGAUUCCAAUAGACUUCAUUUCCUUACUUUGAUCUCUUUAUAUUGAAGGACAAUGUUUUCUUCCACAUUUUCCUACUCUCUUUCUCUUACUCUUUACUGGGCCACUCCUCAAUUCUCCUGGUGGUUUGACUUCCCUGGCUAAGAAGUCUUUAUUUCUUUUGAUUCAUCUAAGCCACCAACAUCGGGCGCUCACCUUUCUCUUCCUCCCAUCGUUUGUAGGCAACACCCCUUUCAAAGUCUACUGCCAUUAAUCUGGGGCAUUAGCCAGAAUAUGAGUUUCUCAGGCUCUCUGUUAUGUGUGUGUGUGUGUGUGUGUGUGUGUGUGUGUGUGUGUGUGUGUGGUUGUUUUGUUUGUUUGUUUGUUUUUCAGCUUAUGUUUCCAGGAAUCCCAAUCUAACUACUUUUUUUGUGUGUGCAUCCAUUUGGCUUUGACCUGGUUCCUGGUUCUUCAUGCCCAUGUUCUCUCUCUUGUCUAAGUAAUUAUGUGUGCCUCUGUAAGAACCUCAGAGCAGAAGAGCUGAUCUUUUGAUUUUACAACUAUAUUAAAUGAGUUAUAUGAGAAUAUAAGAAAAUCUAAUAAAUACUACAUAUGUAAGCAUUUCUUUUCUAAAAUUCAUAGUCACUUUCUAAUGUAAAAUAUAUAAACAAAAAAAAAACCCCACAAAGUUUUAAAUGUAGCAGCAACCACUGAAAUAAGUGAGAACAUCCUAUUUUUCCUUUUUUUCCCUUUUUGCUUUUAGUUAUCCAUCCUUUUUAUUAGAAAAGUAAAAUAAAAAACAAAACACUGCAUUUCUUUUUCUUACACCAACCAGAACCAAUAUCAAAAGAUUAUGUGUUGACUCAGGUUUAUAAAUGCGCCAGGAAGACAAACAUUGAUAGUUUAAUUGAGUAAUAUUCUUAUUGUCUAAGUUUACCAAAAUGGAAUUGUGUUUGUGUUCAUUUACUCAUUUCUAUGUAACACAAAUGCUUUUUUGAUACUCUUUUUCAAAUACUAAACAUUUUUUUAUUACAAAGUAAUAUUUCUUAGCUGCUCUGAAUUUUGAU